AUGCUCGACAUUGCCAUCAUCGGCGGCGGUAUCGCCGGGCUCACGGCCGCCAUCGCACUUCGACGUGCUGGCCACCCUGUGACCAUCUACGAGAAAUCGGCACUGAACAAUGAGAUUGGCGCUGCGAUCAACGUACAAACAAAUGCGUCGCGCCCCCUUCUGGCGCUCGGCAUGGACCCUGUACGAGCCAGGUUUGUGACAGCCAAAGGCAGCCGGCGGGUGAUGGGAGACACCCUGCAACCAGUCCACGAGCUUGACCUGGGCGCUGUCGCCGAGAAGUACGGUUCGCCGUGGUACUUUGCUCAUAGAGUUGACCUGCACCAGGAGCUGAAGCGGAUGGCGACGGCGGAUGACGGGGGGCCGCCGGUUACCUUCAAAUUGAGGAGCGAAGUCACGAGCUACGACCCCGACGGGGCUCGGUUCAGCCUCCGCGACGGGACUGUCGUUUCCGCAGACCUAGUCGUCGUCGCGGACGGCAUCCACAGCGGCGGGGUUGAAGCGAUCCUUGGGUCGGCCAAUCCUGCGUUUCCCGGGGCGCAGGACAACUUCUGCUACCGGUUCCUCAUUCCGAUGGAGCGUGUGACGUCCGAUCCGACGACGUCUGAGCUGCUCGGUGGUCCCGGAGAAGGCGUCAGGAUGUUCCUCGGGGACGGAAAGAGGAUAGUAACGUAUCCAUGUCGAGACGGCGAGGUUCUCAACUGUAUCGCCAUAUUCCAUAAUGAGGUCGGCUCAUCAAGUAAAGAAGACUGGCAUAACUCGGUCGAAAAGUCUCACCUUGUGGGUCGCUUUUCCGACUUUCACCCCAGUGUGCUUUCUCUUCUAGAAAAAGCGGACGAGGUCAAGCAAUGGCCGUUGCUGUAUAGGGCCCCCAUUUCGACGUGGAGGAAAGGCCGGAUGAUUCUAAUUGGUGAUGCCGCUCAUCCAAUGCUUCCCCAUCAGGGCCAAGGAGGCGCACAGGCAAUAGAAGAUGGUGUUGCCCUCGGGGUUUGUUUUUCAAACGUCACAUCGGGAGUUGAGGUCCCGGAGAGGCUCAAAGUCUUUGAGGGGAUCCGCAUGAACAGAGCCAGUGCGGUGACGAUAUUCAGUAAUGCGGCGCAGGACGAGGCAGAAAAGAUCAGAGAGGCUGCAUCUGAGUUCAUCCCGGUCGAUCGUAUCCCAACAAGCCCCGAGGGAUUCUACGACUUCCACUUCGACUACGAUAUCGUGGAGGACGCAGCUCACCACAUGAGAACGAUCGAUCCUCAGUUUAAGCUUCCAGAGUUGUUUCUUCGGCCGGAAGUGCCCAAGCUGGCGGUAGUGUGA